GGGACGUGAUGCAUUCGGCCGUAGGAACAGUCAGGGCUUGGGUUUCUAUUUGUGAAAACUUUCUGUAUUGGUUGGUUGCUUCUCCCCAGCCUCCCCCGCGAUGCGCGUGCUCUCCGCGGCACAGCUGUGAUGGGAUUUCUAAACCCUGGCUGCCAGCGGACAAGGACGAUUAGGUUGGACGGAUGCUGACCGUGGCGUCCUCCGGGUGGGUUUCCGCGGGGUGCAGCCCGCUGAGGUCAGAGAGACGUGGCUCGCGCUCUGGAUAAGCUCUCCAGUCCUCCAGCUGGCCAUGUGGUGAGUUCAAGGUCCAAUCCAACAGCACAAGGGAAUUCACACUAGCCCUGAGCCCUGAAGAUGGUGUCACAGUCUUCGAGCCGGCAGGACUCACCUGUGGACCCCUGGGAAGGGGUCAGCGAUGACCCAGGCGACACUGAUGGUUUGCCCAGCCUCCUGGACACUGAGCACCCCUCCUGCCCAUCAGAUAUCAGGUUCACAAGGCACAAAGCUGCCUGGAUUAACCCCCCAUGUGUGCAGCAAGAGCUGCAGGACUCGUUCCCCCAGGGGCUCGCAGUGGGGAACAGAGAGAGCCACGCUGUGUCCAACACCAGAUCUCCCUUGGGCGCUUCACCCUCGUCUCUUGGGGACUCCGCGGUGGAGACCUCACUGUCGAAGGGCACCACGGACUCCGUGGGCAGCUCCUCUGCCCGGGACUCUGCCGGCAACGGCAGUGACUCCUCUCUCACCUCGAAGGAAGAGCGGGCAGUGCUCCCAAGACGCUGUCCUCACACAUCUCUGAUCACGAGCUCCAAGACUGUGUCCGGUCCCCCACGUCCUGAGCAUGGCAGGGCUUUUUUCAAGCCUUCCCAGCUGACAGCUUCUGCUGAUGCAGAUGCUGUUCAAGUUGGCGGAAGAACUAUUUCCUCAAAUUCCUUCUCACCAGAGGCAUUCGUUCUCCCUGUUGAUGUAGAAAAGGAAAAUGCCCACUUUUACGUUGCAGAUAUGAUUAUAUCAGUCAUGGAGAAAAUAAAGUGUAAUAUUCUAAGUCAGCAACACACAGAGACCUGGAACACCGAAGAGGCCGGCAGGCCGCUUGGGAGUGAUCAGGCAGACUUGGAAGGGACCUUUUAUACCCAUGUAAAGCAGGAAUCUGGGUCUUCCACUUCGUCUGACAGUGGCUAUGAAGGUUGCGCUGUGUUACAGGUGAGCCCAGUGGUUGAAACACCUACUUUCUCUGAGGUGACGGAAGAGGACUGCAAAUGUGACUUUGAUGACUUUGUUAUCGUAGAACUUGGAGAUUUCAGCAAUACCACAGAGCCCUGUGGAUGUUCCUCCGACACCUCUAAGAGUGUCAUUCAUGAGCCAAACUUCAAUUCUGCUGAGCUGAUAGCCAAAGAGUUAUACCGCGUAUUCAAGAAAUGCUGGAUGCUGGCAGAAGUUCAUUAUCAGCUGGCAGGCUCCCUCGAUGAAGCUGGCUCCAUAGUUGUAAACGAAGAGCGGGUCCAGAAAGACUUUGAAUCCAGCACAGAUGUCGUCCAGGAAAUUAAACUGAAGUCAAGGAUCAGACGGACUGGAGACUGGGCGCCCCCUAGGUUUCAAAUCAUAUUUAAUGUUCAUCCACCACUCAAGUGGCGGGGCGAGGGUGGGUUUCCGGCCUCAGGUGAGCCGGUGCUCAUCGUCCUGUGCACCCUGGCAGAGUUCGUGAAGCGGCUCCGGUACUGCGAAUACCUGGGGAAGUACUUCUGCGACUGCUGCCACUCGUACUCGGAGUCCUGCAUUCCCGCCCGGAUCCUCAGGAUGUGGGACUUCCGGAAGUACUACGUCAGCAACUUCUCCAAACGCCUGCUCGACCACAUAUGGCAUGAGCCCAUCUUCAACCUGCUGCACGUCAGCCACGGCCUGUACACGAAGGCCAGGGAACUGGACAGAGUGAGGGAAAUCCAGGAGCAGCUGUUUCAUAUCAAGAAGCUGUUGAAGACCUGCAGGUUUGCUGAAAGCACACUGAAGGCGUUUGAGCAGCUGCCAGGACACUUGACGGAGGCGCUCCACUUGUUCUCCCUGGAGGACAUGGUCCAGGUCAAGAAGGGGCUGCUGGCGCCCUCACUCAGGGACAUUCUGAAAGCUUCCCUCGAGCACGUGGCCAGCUGCGAGCUCUGUCAAGGAAAAGGCUUCAUUUGUGAAUUUUGCCGCAGUACAGCUGUCAUUUUCCCAUUUCAGACUGCAACGUGUAGAAGAUGUUCAGCAUGCAGAGCUUGCUUUCACAAGCAGUGCUUCCAGUCCACCAAGUGCCCCCGGUGUGCGAGGAUCACAGCGAGGAGAAGACUUCUGGAAAGUCUACCCUCUGCAGCGACAUGAUGUACUUGACUACAGCGAGAAAGACCGUGCAACAUGCCUUACGAUCAUAUCGCUUGUGUCUCCUGUUGAUAACAUUGUUUUGACUAUUGUCUAUUAAGAAAAAAGAUGACCAAUAUUCUCUUUAUUAUAUAUAUUUAAUAUUUUUGGAGACUGUGGAUUCUUUGUUAUUAAGAGUAAAGUUGUUACUGGUGCCAAAGAAUGCUCAAACUACCGCACAAUUGCACUCAUCUCACACACUAGUAAAGUAAUGCUCAAAAUUCUCCAAGCCAGUCUUCAGCAAUACGUGAAU